GGGGCCUCCCAUUUCUAUAGACAACACAUAAUGUCAAAUGACCCUUGUAAUUAAGAGAAAAAUGCAGAUUAAAGUUUGCAAAGGGAUAGAUGGGAACAUAAGACCAAUAAUACAGGAGUUGGUAGCAUCCAAAAGAUGUCAUUUUUAUAGAUGAUCUUGCUUUUGUCUCUGCAGUACUUAAUCUGUUUCCUUUUAGGAAUAGGAACUGAGGAUGUUUCAAAUGUUGAAAAGACUCACUCUAAUGUAGCUGCAAAUAGAACUUAAUUUCUAGUGCUUUUGACUUCAACUAGGAAUCAUGGGAAGGACUCCUUUCAUCAUAUUCAUCAUUCUUUUCAAUCUUCUUUGUCCUUCUUUUUCACUUCCUUUGUGUACUGAUUCAAGAGCUCCUAUUCAGCAAAAGUCUCCUCUAACAUUCUGUCCUUAUAAUGGAACUUCAUGCUGCAAUUCCACUGAUGAUAAACAACUUCAGGCCCAGUUUAAUGCUAUGAACAUUACUGAUCCUGGAUGUACUUCUCUUGUAAAAUCUCUCCUCUGUGCGAAGUGUGAUAAAUUUUCAGCAGAGCUGUUCAGAACUAAUUCUGUUCCUCGACAACUUCCGAUCCUAUGCAACUCCUCGUCUUCAGCAAAUUCAUCCCAAAGUAGCCAAUCUAAGAAUGACUUUUGCUCUAAAGUAUGGACAACUUGUCAAAAUGUGUCUAUCAUUGGUUCUCCUUUUGCUGCUUCUGUCAAGUCCAAUUUCACGAAGUUGACGGAUCUCUGGCAAUCACAAACCGAUUUCUGUAAUGCAUUUGGUGGAGCUUCUGGUGAUGGAUCAGUAUGCUUUGCUGGAGAACCUGUUGCCUUAAAUACAACCACAUCUCCAAAUCCUCCAGGCGGUUUGUGCCUCGAGAAAAUUGGAAAUGGUAGUUACCUCAAUAUGGUUGCACAUCCUGAUGGCUCUAGUCGUGCUUUCUUCUCGAAUCAGCAAGGGAAAAUAUGGUUGGCUACCAUUCCUGAAGUCGAUUCAGGAAAGUUAUUAGAGCUUGAUGAAGCUAAUCCUUUCCUUGACUUAACGGAUGAAGUUCAUUUUGAUACUGAGCUUGGGAUGAUGGGGAUUGCAUUUCAUCCAAAGUUCUCACAAAAUGGAAGAUUCUUUGCUUCAUUUAAUUGCGAUAAGCAAGCAUGGCCUGGAUGUGGAGGAAGAUGUUCUUGUAACUCAGAUGUGGAUUGUGAUCCAUCAAAAUUACCUAGUGAUAGUGGUUCUGAACCGUGCCAAUAUCAAGCUGUAAUUGCAGAAUUUACUGUUAGUGGGAAAGCAUCUCAGCCAUCAGAGGCAAAAACUGCCAAUCCAAAAGAAGUCAGAAGGAUAUUCACCAUGGGCCUUCCGUUUACAGCACAUCACGGGGGCCAGAUUCUUUUUGGACCGACAGACGGAUAUUUGUACUUCAUGAUGGGUGAUGGUGGAGGUAUAGGUGAUCCUUACAACUUUUCCCAAAACAAGAAGUCAUUACUGGGAAAGAUUAUAAGGCUUGAUGUUGAUAGCACACCUAGUGAAGCUGAGAUGACCAAGCUCGGUUUAUGGGGAAACUACUCCAUACCAAAGGAUAAUCCUUACAUUGAAGAUAAAGAAUUGCAGCCUGAAAUUUGGGCACUAGGAAUGCGUAAUCCUUGGCGCUGCAGUUUUGAUUCUUCAAGGCCAUCUUACUUCAUGUGUGCAGAUGUAGGACAGGAUAAAUUUGAAGAGGUGAAUAUAAUCAGCAAGGGUGGUAACUAUGGUUGGCGAGCCUACGAGGGUCCCUAUCUCUACACCCCUCAAAAAUCACCAGGAGGAAAUACAUCUAUAAGCUCAAUAAACCCAAUUUUCCCGGUUAUGAGAUACAAUCAUUCAGAUGUGAAUAAGAAUGUAGGGUCAGCCUCAAUUACUGGUGGAUACUUCUAUAGGUCCAUCACUGAUCCCUGCAUGCAUGGAAGGUAUCUUUUUGCGGAUCUGUAUGCAGGUUCCAUGUGGGCAGGCACUGAAAAUCCAGAGAACAGUGGAAUAUUUAACACCACUCAAAUAUCUUUCAACUGUGCUCAGAAAUCACCAAUAGAUUGUACCUUUGUUCCUGGAAGCUCAGUUCCAUCGUUGGGCUACAUUUUUUCAUAUGGUGAGGACAACAACAAGGAUAUGUAUGUCCUUGUAAGUAGUGGAGUUUACAGGGUCGUUCGUCCGAGUCGCUGUAAAUACGCUUGUGCUAAGGAAGAUUCUUCUGCUGUUGUUGAUAUCCCAGCUGGUCCUGCUGCUGCUUCCCCUCCUUCAGCAGCAAUCAUGUUAACAGGUUCAUACAAUAACUUGGUGCUCAUAUUCUUGUCUUUUAUGUUGAUGUUGGCCAGUUGGUUUUAGCAAUGCUACUAAAAACAAUGUCAUGUGUAGAGAGAGAUAUAGGCUUCUCAAUAGACAAUUCUCGUAAAAUAAAGCUCUUUUUUUCUCUUA